AUGCGAGGCGAGCUACUCGUGUUGGUUAGAGUCGUGGAUGUUCGUGAGGAGAAGGAGUUAGAGAGAGCUUGGUGUGGGGUUGUUGGGGCUGUCUAUAGAUGGUUGUACUUAGCGAGGCAAGCUAAUGUGGUGGUUAGAGUGAGGGAGUUGGUCGGUGGAAUGCUUAUGGCAUGGGCAAGGAAGGGAGGAAGGGAAAAGCUACGAGCUUGCGAGUGUGAGGAGUUGGCUCGUGGGGAGAGGGCCGGAGGCGAGUGUUUGUGGGCUGGCAUGGAGGAUGUAGCUUGCAAGCCGGUGCUUGUGUGUGGGGGUAUUGGUUGGUGUUUGGGCAAGGAGAGGGCUGGAUUUGGUUGUGGGCUAGUGUGUGUGUGGUGUGGGGCUCGGGCUAGUUGUCUGGUGAGCUAUGGGUUUUUGGGAGCUUAG